UAUGCUAUUUUCAGUCCAACAGCGGCUGUCCUUCCUGUUUCUGCCAACUCGUUGCACCACCUCAAUGAUGACAGAGCAAAGUGUGCGGAUUGGAGUGCUUGCGCUGCAAGGUGCCUUCGCCGAGCACGUCGCCAUGUUGCGGCGCAUUGAAGGUGUGGAGGCAUUCGAGGUGCGCAACGCAAAGGAUCUCGAGGCUGCUGAUGGCCUCGUCAUUCCGGGCGGUGAAAGCACAACCAUGGGCCUCAUAGCAGAGCGCACGGGCAUCCUGUCUAGCCUGCGAGAGUUUGUUUCUCUUCGGAAGAAGCCCGUCUUUGGCACCUGCGCUGGGUUGAUCAUGCUCGCAGACUCUGCAAAGCACAUGAAGGAGGGCGGGCAGCCGUUACUUGGCGGCCUCAAUGUCCUCGUUGACCGCAACCACUUUGGCAGCCAGCUGCAGAGCUUUGAAACGGAGCUGCAAGUGUCGGAGGACGAAGGCCUGGAUCUCUCCGCGUGCCACGGCGUCUUCAUCCGAGCCCCCGUGGUGCUCAAGACACUGGGUCCACAUGUGAAGAUUCUUGCGCGCGUGUCUGGCAACCCGGAAAAGGCCGCGCCGUUGGCAGCGGGCGAGGAGCGCAUUGUCGCCGUCCACCAGGACCACAUGCUCGGCACAGCAUUCCACCCGGAGCUGACGGCCGAUGACCGGUGGCACAGGUACUUUGUUGCAAUGGUCCGCAGACACAACGAGGCAACAGCUGCAGAAGAGCACAAGGCACCAGAAGCAGGAACUCUUGUGCACACUCCCGAUGUCGACCGUGACGUCGAAGCAACCACUGCCCCAUGACAUGACAUGAAUAAUGGCGACAUUGUUCUGUUGUCAAACCACCAUCGCUGCGCGAUGUGGCAUUCCCUCACUUGCAUGCAGGGAUGUGUGCUCUUCACGAUAGGCUCUCUCUUGCUUUUUUCUUGUUGACUUUUUUUUUUUUUUUUUUUUUCGUUUACUGGCACCUGGCUUGGCUUCUGUUCAGCCCAUCAGAAGCACCAUCACGACUCACAACGACUCGCUUCCCAUCUCCGCUCUUCCCCAUCCGCACAUAUUCGCUGAUGUUGCAGCGUGCCCGUAUGAAUUGACACAAACCAAGUUCGUUUUAUGCAGAAUCUAUUGUC